GUACAUCUUGGUUAAUUCUUAUUGUCAGAUCGGAGGUAUGGCUAACGCAAGGGUCAUGAGGGCCUUCUUGGUCCUCCUGCUGACAGCGCUGACGAAAGCGGAGCUGACGCAGCUGGUCAUUGGCGAGGAAAUCAUCGUUUCCUAUAAUGGACAUGAGAUCUUCCACCACACGCGGAGAGCCCAGUCAUCACCUUUGGCGUGGGGACAGCCAACUACACAGAGGACCACGGUAUGUUCGACAUCCAGGAGGAAAUUCUCGAGGUCGUCCCCAUGGAUCGAAUCGUCAUGGCUUCGAACAGGACGGGAAGUGUUCGAAUCACGCUGGGUUCCUAUGCUGAUCCCGAGGUCGAGUGGACGUCAAAAGGGAGAUGGGAUAAAAGAACAGAAUGCUGAUAAACGGGAUCUAGAGGAUAAUAGCGGUGGAGGGGGGGGGUGGCAGUAUGGGGGUAAGAGGAGCAAUAUAGCCCGAGUUCUCGGUCAUGAAGUGCAGGAGCACGAACUGUGA